AUGGACGCCCUCCCUCCAUCUCACGCUGUCCAACUCUCUACCAAGCACACACGAGACCUUUUCGGGUCAGAUUUCGGCCAGCUCGCAUCACCAGAGUCAGAUGUUGGAACGUCCUACAGAAGGAAAGCAGAGUACGGCGAUGUACGAGAGCUUCCUAAAGCAUUGGCAGAGAAGCAGGCGAAAGCAACGGCUGCAGGUCGGAUAAAGCGACCAAAGGUACAGAGCGCGGCGCAAGGAAACCAGAUGGCUUUAGUCAAGAGCAAUGGCGACCCGAACACCGCUUCGCAGAACGGCCUACCACACUCUACCAGUCUGGUCCGAAGGCCGAAUAUGCAGCAGCCUCGACCCGACUGGCAUCCUCCAUGGAAGCUAAUGCGCGUCAUAUCUGGUCAUUUGGGGUGGGUACGAAGCCUGGCCGUCGAGCCAGGAAACGAAUGGUUCGUCAGCGGAGCAGGAGACAGAACAAUCAAGAUCUGGGACCUGGCAAGCGGCAAUUUGAAACUCACCCUCACUGGCCACAUCUCCACGGUGCGCGGCCUCGCCGUCUCCCCGCGCCAUCCCUACCUUUUUUCCUGCGGUGAAGACAAAAUGGUCAAAUGCUGGGACCUCGAAACCAACAAAGUGAUCCGCCACUACCACGGCCACCUCAGCGGCGUCUAUACCCUCUCACUACACCCAACCCUCGACGUCCUCGUCACUGGUGGCCGCGACGGCGUGGCGCGCGUCUGGGAUAUGCGCACGCGAAGCAACAUCCACGUCCUCUCCGGCCACAAGGGCACAGUCUCCGACCUCAAAUGCCAAGAAGCCGACCCGCAAGUCAUCACCUCCUCCCUCGACUCCACCGUCCGGCUCUGGGACCUUGCCGCAGGCAAGACCAUGGGCGUCCUCACGCACCACAAGAAGGGCGUGAGAGCGCUAGCCGUGCACCCGAAAGAAUUCACCUUCGCCUCCGGCUCGGCAGGAUCCAUCAAACAGUGGAAAUGUCCCGAAGGCGCCUUCAUGCAGAAUUUCGAAGGCCACAACGCCAUCAUCAACACGCUCGCCGUCAACGAAGACAACGUCCUCUUCUCGGGAGGAGACAACGGGAGUAUAAGCUUCUGGGACUGGAAGACGGGCCAUCGGUUUCAGAACCUGGACACGACCGCCCAGCCGGGCAGUUUGGAUGCCGAGGCCGGGAUCAUGAGUUCGACUUUCGAUCGCACGGGGUUGAGGCUGAUCUGUGGAGAGGCGGAUAAGACGAUCAAGGUCUGGAAGCAGGAUGAGAAUGCGACGGAGGAGAGCUAUCCGUUGGAGUGGAAGCCGACGCUGGGGAGGACCAAGUAUUGA